AAUAACGCCGCACGGCUAUGAAGAACUCAGACGGAGCCCAAAAGUCCCCGGGAAUCAGUCAGAGUGAGUGAGAGAAAGUAGUUCCUCGGACUUGCGGUUCACGAAGGAUACCUGCGUUUUCUGGAGAGAAGGAAGGAUGGGACUGUCUCGCAGGAGCGAAGCGCGUUCACGUUUGAAGGAGCCCUGGAUUUCUGGAUUUUGACUGGUAAAAAUAAACUACACGAGUUAUCAGUGUCGUUUUUGGUGGACGAGCUUUCCCCUCGUGUCAUGGUUUCCUGGAAAUGAUUGGAUUUCUGUUUUUCAAUAUCAAAGAUGCUUUGACAUUUUCUCCAAGAAGGACUAACUUAACUUCUCCCUCAACUCAAGGAAUUUCUGUUACUGCAGUUGACUGCAAGUGAGUCGACCUGUUUUCAGCGUGAGUAAAUUUGCACUUCAGCAAACUUAACGAACCUGUCUUACUGAACUGAACAGCUGAAACAAAUAUGUUCUAUUCAAAUAUCUGCAUUUGAAAGUCAAAGACACUUGCCUUGUUUGUCCCACCAUUGCUGUGCUACAUGAGUUAACCCGGAGGGGCAGAAAUGAUGAUCACCUCCGCUUUCGAACGGAGUGGACUCCGUGGCUUCCUGCUGCUUUGUGUGGCCGGGUUAAGUUCUGCCAUCAGCUCCAUCGACCCGGACCGGCCGGGCGAAGGCAGAUGCCAGGAAAUCGCCAUCCCUCUCUGCAAGGACAUUGGCUACAACCUGACAGUUAUGCCCAACCUGAUGGGGCACGAGGAUCAGGGAGAGGCUGCCAUUAAGCUUCAUGAGUUUGCCCCGCUCAUCGAGUUUGGCUGCCACAGCCACCUCAGGUUUUUCCUGUGCUCACUCUACGCCCCCAUGUGCACGGAGCAGGUGUCCACACCCAUCCCAGCCUGCCGGGUGAUGUGCGAGCAGGCCAGACAGAAGUGCUCCCCCAUCAUGGAGCAGUUUAACUUCCACUGGCCCGACUCACUGGACUGCUCCAGGCUGCCCAAUAAGAACGACCCCAACUUCCUGUGCAUGGAGGCCCCCAACAACGGCAGCGACGACCCGUCUAAAGGGUCUCACACCCAGCCUCCGGACUCUCGCCCUCCUCGCCCUGGGAACAGCCAGGAACUCCCUGUUAAGGAGAGGAUGGGUAAGGACACUUGUGGAAAUCCUGGGAAGUUCCACUACGUGCAGAAGAGCGAGUCUUGCGCCCCAAAGUGUUACCCCAAAGUGGACGUGUACUGGAGCCAGGCGGACAAGCGCUUCUCCCUGGUCUGGAUGGCUGUCUGGUCCAUCCUUUGCUUCGUCUCCAGCGCCUUCACCGUCUUGACCUUCCUUAUCGACCCGCAGCGCUUCAAGUACCCCGAACGGCCCAUCAUCUUCCUCUCCAUGUCCUACUGCGUCUACUCCGUGGGCUACCUCAUCCGGCUUUUCGUCGGAGCCGAGAACGUGGCCUGCGACCGUGACAGCGGCGUCCAGUAUAUCAUCCAGGAGGGCCUGGAGAGCACGGGGUGCACCAUAGUCUUCCUCAUCCUCUACUACUUCGGCAUGGCCAGCUCCCUCUGGUGGGUGAUCCUGACCCUCACCUGGUUCCUUGCCGCCGGGAAGAAGUGGGGCCACGAGGCCAUCGAAGCCAACAGCAGCUAUUUCCAUCUGGCUGCUUGGGCCAUCCCAGCCAUCAAAACCAUCCUCAUCCUGGUCAUGAGGAAGGUGGCGGGGGACGAGCUAACGGGCGUCUGCUAUGUCGGAAGCAUGGACGUCAAGGCCUUGACCGGUUUCGUCCUGAUCCCGCUGUCCUGCUACCUCAUCAUCGGCACGUCCUUCCUGCUCUCCGGCUUCGUGGCUCUCUUCCACAUCCGCAAGGUCAUGAAGACCGAGGGCGAGAACACGGACAAGCUGGAGAAGCUGAUGGUGCGUAUCGGGGUGUUCUCCGUCCUCUACACUGUGCCCGCAACCUGCGUCAUUGCGUGCUACUUUUAUGAGCGCCUCAACAUGGACUACUGGAAGGUUCUGGCCGGAGAGCAGCGCUGCUUGGAAGGAGGCGGUGGAGAAGAAUGCAUCAUGAAGAACUCAAUCCCGGCCGUGGAGAUCUUCAUGGUGAAGAUCUUCAUGCUGCUGGUGGUGGGAAUUACCAGCGGCAUGUGGAUCUGGACCUCCAAGACCCUGCAGUCCUGGCAGAACGUCUUCAGCCGCAAGCUAAGGAAGAGGACGAGGAGGAAGGCCGCGUGCGUGUUCACGGGUAGCGGGCCUUACCUGAAGCCACAUCCCGCACUAAAAGGACACAAAACUAAGUACGAACCCACUGGAGCUCCUGCUACAUGCGUAUAAGGAUGCGUAUGUGGAGCGCCAUUGAACUCCAGAGAGUUCUGUUUACUUUGAAAACCGGUUCUUGAUAGAGUUUGCGAGAGAAAGAGGGAAAGUGGCAUCGCAAGACACUGGGCACUGAGUUCACAUUUAUCUUAUGCAAACCCCAGUU